UGGAAAGAAAUCUUGGGGCAAAACACAGAGGAGCUGCAGAAAGGAGUACCGGUAAGAGCUUCUGUGAGAACAGGAUGGCAUCAGGUCACAUUCGCAGUGUCUUGGUGACAGGAUCCAACCGAGGCAUCGGGCUGCAGCUGGUGAAAUGUUUCCUUGAGAAACCAAACCCUCCCCAAGUCGUGUUCGCAACCUGCCGGGAUCCAGAAGGGGCCAGAGCACAGGAGCUGAGGCACCUGGCAUCCAAGCACCCCAAUCUGGCAAUUUUGCAGCUUGAAACCACCGAUGAGGCAAGUGUCAAGGCAGCUGCCAAGAAGGUCGAGGCCCGUCUGGGAGGCUCUGGGCUGAACGUGGUGAUCAACAAUGCUGGGGUCAUGCCACCCUGUACUUUGGAGUCAGCCACUGCUAAAGACAUGCUGGACGUCUACAACAUCAACCUUGUGGGCCCAAUGUUAGUGACCAAGGAAUUAUUGCCGUUGCUGAAGAAGGCUGCCCACGGAUCCAAUCAGAAAGGCAUGAGUUGUGGGAAAGCAGCCAUCAUCAACAUGUCCACCAUUCUAGGAUCCAUUGAGAAAACACCAGAGCAUUAUGUCUCUUUCCCAGUCGUCUCCUAUCGCUGCAGCAAGGCUGCUUUGAACAUGCUCACCAAGUGCCAAUCAAUGGGCUACAAAGAUGAUGGGAUCCUGUGCACUGCUGUUCAUCCUGGCUGGGUGAAAACAGAGCUGGGAAGUGAGCAGGCUGACCUGACUGUCGAAGAAAGUGUGAGUGGCAUUAUGAAAGUACUUUGCAACCUCUCUGAAAAGCAACAUGGGGUUCUGGUGACUUGGGAAGGGAAUGUUUUGCCAUGGUGAGAGCCUCAGAAGGAACCAAAGGAAAGGCCAAGGCAUGAUGAGGAUGGAGCAGUCUGAGGCUUUAUAUAGCUUGUAUCAUGAGUCUUUUGAAUAAAAAUUGAAGUGGCACCUCCUGGGUCUCUUGUCUUCUGUCCCAAAAUGUGACAUGUAAAGAAAUGGGAUUCCAUUCCCAGUCCUAUCUCCACUCACCAGCCCUGGGUUACUGGCACUCCUCCCUCAAUGAAACACGCACCCAUUUAUAUCCUACUAGCUCUCCCUCACAGAAGCCGUUUUAUAAUUAAGGCAAAACAGAGCAUUGGUGAACCCAACCUCAAAAGGCUGCUGGCAGUUUUGCCUUCAUUAG